CAUAGUUUCACAAUAGCCAUCAGGCAUCUUUCUUAAUGAAAUGGCGGCUCUACAUGUGCUAGACGACUACUAUCUCGCCAUAACUGCCCUCAUCACCGUGGGAUACCAGCUCUCCUUCUUCGCCAUCGCUUACACCUGCAAAUUCGAUAAACUCACCGACUUCGCCGGGGGCUCCAACUUCAUCAUCCUCGCCAUCGUAACCAUCUCACUCAGUCACCAUCAUCAAAGCCGCCAGCUCGUAGUCACCCUCUUUCUUAUCGCCUGGGCCGUCCGCCUUACAUCUUUCCUCUUCUUCCGUAUCCUGAAAACAGGCAAAGAUGACCGCUUUGAUGAAAUGCGCCAAAAAUUCUUCCCCUUCCUGGGUUUCUGGAUCCUUCAGAUGCUCUGGGUCUGGACCGUCUCAUUGCCAGUGACGGUGCUGAAUUCGCCGGCUGUGACCCGUUACCCGCAGCAUAGUUUUGGAACGGGGAGAGACAUUGUAGGUAUUGUGAUGUACUCUAUUGGAUUGAUGAUGGAAACCGUUAGCGAUGCACAAAAGUACCGAUUCCGGAGCAAGCACGACAGCCAAGCUGUUUGUGAUAAAGGUCUAUUUGCCGUAUCGAGGCACCCUAACUACUUUGGAGAAAUUAUUGUUCAUUUUGCCAUAUACAUGAUCGCCGUCUCAUCGGCUGCUGACGGCUUUGUUCGCGGCCAGGCCUAUAAAGCUCUCUAUGCCACUAUUCUAGGCCCAUUCUUUCUCACCUUCUUACUCCUUUUUGUAUCGGGAAUAUCCCUUUCAGAGCGACCCAAGGCGAAGGCUCGCUAUGAAAGUGGCAAUAAUUGGCAAGGCUACAAGCGCUGGCUGGAUCGAACCAGUGUCCUCAUCCCAUUUCCUCCGCAGUUGUAUGAGAAGAUGCCGACGAUUCUAAAGAGAACCGUGUUUCUCGAGUUUCCCAUGUACGUGUUUGAUCCGAAGAAGCACUCUAGCGCGCCUCCGCCUGAGAGAACGGUGAGCGAGGGUAGAGGUGAACCGGUAGAAAGCAGUCGAGACGAUAGUCCACAGAGUGGUGAAGAGCAAUUGAUAUAGUAGUACUCCAUUAUGAUGAUUAAGAUGCUUAAAACAAAAAAAAAAAACUCACUCCUGGUAUAUAUCGUGUAUAUGCUUAUUCUAUGCACCCGCAUCCCGUACAUGCUCUUAACGGCCGUCUCAGGCUGCAACAUCCCAUACCGAUAUGAGACGU